AAAUUAAAUUAAAUGUGCAAAAGUGCUAUGAAAAGAUUUUUCAUGAAGAUUAAUUGUGACGGAAUACAUAAAAAUCAAUUGAAAAUAUAAAUGCGUGCGUGAAGACGAGGCAGUUGAAGUUUUUCAGUGGAUAAAUGUAUCUGUAUUUGCGGGGAAAGAAAACAAGGAGGCAUUUUGAGUUAGUGAAGUAGUCGGUCGGUCGGUUGAUUAAUUGGCUUUCAGCGUGUACCGUACCUUCUCAUAUUGUCCGCUAUAUCGCUAUAUUAAUAAUCGGUUUUCUUUUCCACCGUGUGUGAGCAGGAUAGAAGAUUGGUGUAUGCAAUAGUGUUGCCGCUGUCGCAAAAGAAUUAAUAUGGAGGAUAGAAAAAUGAGCAGUUCCGAAGAGGUCUCCUGGGUAACAUGGUUUUGUGGGCUGCGCGGCAAUGAAUUCUUCUGUGAGGUGGAUGAGGAUUAUAUACAGGACAAAUUCAAUUUAACCGGUUUAAAUGAACAAGUUCCCAACUAUAGAAAUGCUCUUGAUAUGAUCCUUGAUCUCGAACCAGAAGAUGAUCUGGAAGAGAAUCAACUACAAUCAGAUAUGACGGAGCAGGCAGCAGAAAUGCUGUACGGCUUGAUACAUGCUCGAUACAUUUUGACAAAUCGCGGAAUUGCGCAAAUGAUCGAAAAAUACCAAACUGGUGAUUUUGGACAUUGCCCACGUGUAUAUUGUGAAAGCCAGCCCAUGUUACCUUUAGGUCUAUCAGAUAUACCUGGUGAGGCUAUGGUAAAAACCUAUUGCCCCAAAUGUAUUGAUGUAUAUACGCCAAAAUCGUCGCGUCAUCAUCAUACGGAUGGUGCUUACUUUGGCACGGGAUUUCCACACAUGCUCUUCAUGGUACAUCCUGAAUAUCGUCCUAAACGGCCGACUAAUCAAUUUGUUCCAAGACUUUAUGGCUUCAAAAUUCAUAGCUUAGCUUAUCAAAUUCAACUGCAGGCAGCAGCCAACUUUAAAAUGCCACUUCGAGCGCGGACUCAACAGAAAGACGAGGAAGAGAGUAACACUAACAACAUGGGGGAACAGGCGUAUCUAAAUCUGAAACAGGAAUAAAUUUAUAAACGCAAAUAUUGAGAUUGGCCACAAUCGGGCAGACAUACAUACAUACAUAUGUAUGCAAAACAUGCAGGCAGGCAGGCAGGCGGUGGUGGGGUGAUGGAUAAUGAUGCGAGUCAAUAUCGUACCUUUUAUUCAUUUCACACAUUUCCAUUUUAAGUAUUUAAAAGUGAGUAAAAACAGUAACACAACAAAACAUAUUUGAAGUCAACGGAAGCGCUGCGUAGACGUGCAACAACGUUUCCGGUUCUCGCUUCAUACAACUUGAAUGUUUGUAAAUUAGUGCGUCGAUUUAAAUACAAUACUAUCAUUAUUUUUAGAAAAAAAUAUAUACACACACAUACAAGAAAACACUUAUAACUCAAUACAUAUACGUACAUACAGACAUUUGGAUCAAGCAAAUCUCAAAUGCGUUUGCCUGAUUAAAACUGAAACAUUUAUUUUUAGUAAAUUUUAAUAAAAUACUUAGCCUUUUUACUAUCCAUAAGCAACAAUUACAACAUAAUGUAAUUAAGUAUAAAGCAUAAAUUUGUAAAUGAAAUACUAGAGAAAUAAAAUGCGAUGUGCUACAAUACUUACACCGGUUUAUAAGUAUGUAUGUACAUAUGUAUGUGCCUACCAGCAACCCACGCAUAUUAAACGGCGGCUAUCUUACAUAUUGGCGGUGUAAUAAAUGUUGCUUAUAUAGUGAGCUAUUGUAUGCCUGCUUUCUCCAAAAUUUGGAGCUAUGCAUUUAGAUAACAGAUAACAGACCGAUACAUAACUAAAUUAUAGAUUGAUGGAAGGCCUAAAUAAAUGUACUUAAUGGUCGAUUGGGUUAUACACAUGCAGCUGUCAAUCAACUUUUGCUGGAUGUUAUGAAUAUUAGAUGAUUUUUCACUUCCUUCAUCACGUUCAAGUAGAUAAUUUGUCUUAUAGGGUAUAACUGUAAACUUGAAGUUCGGUUUCAAAGGUCGUAAAAUUAAUGAAAAAUUGUCUUACUUCAAACAAUCUUUAAAACUACCAGGAAAUGCUAAAUUUUUUAAUGUUUUUAAUUCAUUCCGAAACAAAAUUAAAUGAUCGCUUAAAAACGAUCGUUGAGAACGCUGUCACUAAAAAAUAAUUUAGGUUAGUUUAAGUGGCUGUCUGUCGACGCACCUUGGCCUUUAGAAGGCUCAUUGUGACAUCACCGGGUCUGGGAUCCACUCAUACUAUUAAAAAAUUACUAUAUACUUAGCUUUUAAACAAUUUAUCUUACCGUCGAAUAGAACGGAUCUGACCUUAUCCGCUCUUCCGCUACGAAAACAACAGCACAGCCGCCAGUUACCACUUUGGAUCGGUAAGUUAUAAAUCUAAUUCUGACGACAGGCGGUUCUGCUGUGCCGGAAUUGACCUGGAUUUUAUCCGGCCAACGGCUAUCCUUUCGGCGAUCUAACCUCGUCUGUUUCGAUAAGUUAUUACCACCCAUUGCAAACGAUGAAUUUGGAUUUUGAAGGAAUAAUCGUAAAUUGAAUCGGUGUAAAAGUAAAAUUAUCCAACUUGUAAGGGUUUAUCGAAUUAGGAAGAAUUUACAUUACAAUGGACACGGCAAAGCGUCCCCAGGUAAGCCUCUCGACCGAAGCAAAAACUUUAUUCUUGCAUAAGUGCCUAAAAGUAUGCAAUUAUUUUUUAUAACAAAAAAUUUAUUUCCGGAAAAAAGUAGGGAAGCCAUCUUUGGCAAUAAUGCCGCUAAAAUAUAUGUAUGUAUAACAGAUUCUGUGGGUUUUCUCAAUUUUAAUGUUUUUUUUUACUUUGAUUUGCAAAAAUCUAAUGGAAAAUAUUUAAUGGUCUCGGAAAUAGCAUACAUGUAUUCCCCACCAAAAGCAAACAAAUAUAAUUCAUUGCGAUUUGGGUACCCAGACAUGCGAAGGUAUAAAAUUGAGAGCAGGAAUUUAAUUAUUACUUUUGACUAUGUAAAUUUAUAUAGAAGUACACAUGUCAAAAUAACUGAACAGUGAGGUCAUUAACCUAUAAUCAAAUUGCACGAAAUGCACAUACUUCUGCCAGUUGCGAGUAUUAACUGCGAUAAACCAGUUAAUCUACUAAAGCGAAAUAUUGUAGCUGGAUUUAAUUUAAAUAAAACACUUAAUUAUUUUGUUUAUUUGUUUAUUUGUUUAAUUUAUUUUGUCGUGAAACUCUUCGUAAAAUCGAAGAGUUUCGUUCGCUCCUUUUCAAUUACAAUAUUUUGCCGUUUAGUAUAAAAUGAAAUCACUUAUUCCAUGCGUUACAAUUACAAUUCAUGAGUGUGAAUGAGAAAUGUACAAUUGCAAAACUUAGUUAACUGCUCUUCUAUACAUAUCGAGUUUUGGAUAGACUUGACAUGGAAUGUGCGACACAUCCGAAAUUUUUAAAUAAAGAAAAAAAUAAAUAAACUAAAGCUUUAAAUAGCUAAAUACGCUUCUCUCUACAAUCAAAAGUGAUGUGGCUUGGGUAAAUUUGGUUUGGUUCAACUAAAAAAAAAAACAGGCAUUGGUGUUGGAAAAUUAAAUAUUUCUGGACUGUAUAGGCUUCAUUCUGUCUUUCUUCGUAUUAGAUCUUCGAAAUUUAUUAAACUUAUUUUGUUUAAGAGUGUAUCAGUCUGAAAUUUUCUAUAUCAGUUUUAAUAACUAAAUGAAA